UAAUAUUCCUCUCAUAGCUUUUUUAUUUAUUUAUUCGAUUAUCAUGAUGAGGGCGAGAAAGUUGGAGUCUUUUUUUUUUUGUUUUGCUUUUUCUUGUAACUUGAUUAAAUAAAAUAAAAGUUUCUGGAAUAUUGUUCAUAGAGAAUAUGGGAGCAUGUGUUUCAAGUCAACAAGGUUGUGUUGGAGGAAUGUUUAACUCUUCCAAGAAAAAAAGAAGAAGAACUAUUGGAUUCAGGAAAAACGUUUCUUCAUCAUUGGAUAAUAAUAAUAAUAAUAAUAUUAAUAAUACAGUUGAUUUGCCAAGUUUGCCUCAACAUUCAUAUUCCAAUCCCACUUUCCAAGGAGGAACUAUUGACGAGGCAUGGUUUGAUUCAGCUAUGGUGUUUGAUUCUGACUGUGAUGAUGAUUACCAGAGUGUUCCGGAUGAUGUUGUAUCUUUGAACGGAAUUGAAGGUGGAUCUGUAUCAAGUUUUCGAUCUUUUAGAGAUGCUGUCAGUGCCAACCAUAGACUUUCAACUGAUCAAAUGCAGAAACCGGUUAUUUACGAGGCUGCUAGAAGUUCAGAUGUUCAAAGUUUUGGUGUAGAUGGAAAUGCAAUUGAAGUAAACGAAGUUGUGUUCCUUGACGACAUUUCCUCGGUUGAUGCGAGUUCCAAUAGGGACGAAGGAAUUUUGGAUAACUGCGGCAUUCUUCCUAACAAUUGUUUGCCAUGUCUUGCAUCGACCGUUCCUUCUUUUGAAAAGCGAAGAUCGUCUUGUUCAAGUUCUCCUAGUUCAAGGAAAAAGACUCCUACCAAAGUUUCUAGUCUAUUUUCUUCAAAGACACUCCUACAAAGACCAAUUGCAGGUUCUCAAGUACCCUUUUGUCCAAUUGACAAGAAGAUGCUUGAUUGUUGGUCACACAUUGAACCAGGAACUUUCAAAGUCCGAGGCGUAACUUAUUUCAAGGACAGGAAGAAGGAGUUGGCUCCUAACUUUUCUGCAUAUUAUCCAUUUGGAGUAGAUGUUUUCUUAUCUCCGCGAAAAGUCGACCAUAUUGCUCGGUUUGUUGAACUUCCUGCUGUUAGUUCAUCUGCUAAAUUUCCACCCAUUCUUAUUGUUAAUGUUCAGAUUCCGCUUUACCCUACCACACUUUUCCAAGGUGAGACCGAUGGCAAAGGAACGAGCUUUGUGUUGUACUUUAAACUUUCGGAGAGUUACGCCAAGGAACUUCCUCUACACUUUCAAGAAAACAUCAGAAAGUUCAUGGAUGAUGAAGUUGAAAAGGUAAAAGGUUUUCCGCUCGAUACAAUUGUGCCAUUUCGAGAACGGUUGAAAAUUCUAGGCCGUGUUGGCAAUAUCGAAGACCUUCAAUUGAGUGCAGCAGAAAGAAAGCUUAUGCAGGCUUACAAUGAGAAACCUGUUCUUUCGCGUCCGCAGCACGAGUUUUACUCGGGAGAAAAUUACUUUGAGAUUGAUAUAGAUAUGCAUAGAUUCAGCUAUAUCUCUAGGAAAGGGUUUGAAGCAUUCAUGGACAGAUUAAAGAACUGCACUCUAGAUGUUGGCCUUACAAUUCAGGGGAACAAAGUUGAGGAGCUGCCAGAGCAAGUGUUAUGUUGUAUUAGAUUAAAUAGCAUUGACCACUCGAAUUACCAACAACUAGGGCUAACUCAAGAUCCACUAUAAUAUUAUAAUGGCAAAAGCUUUUGCAUAUCUUGGUAUCAAUUAUUAAUAAUGCUAGUUUCAAGAUGAGUUUUCAUUUUCAAUGCCAUCCUCUCUAGCUCUUUUGUUUAUAUGAAUUUGGAUUUCGUGCAAUCAAUCAAGAUUACGAGAUUCUAUGCAUUCACGAAAUCAGUAGUGCUGACUCUUGAAUGCGUAGAAUCUCUUACUAUAGAGAGUAUGAAUUUGUGGCAGUAUAGUUUAUAAUUUAUGUAGCAACGCUAUUUUAGAUUGAAUAUGUGUUUAUCGGUUAAUGGCCAA